UCAACAGAUUCGGUUCAGUCCUAAUCAACGGUCCGCGGCGAGUGGUCGAUUUCGGUUGAAUCUCUUAUACUUUUUUUUGAUUCGAAUUACUCACUACUGAUAAUAGCAAUACAGAAUACAUUUAGUUUGGUGAUCCGUUUUGUGAAUAAUCGCACACCUUUGCGGUAGUAGAUACCUCUACAAACAGUGAUUGUGACUUUAUUUAUAAACAAAACGUGUACUACAAAGAUUAAGGCCUCACGCAAGGAAGCGUUUGCAUAUCAAGCCUCAGUUUACACUUGAACUGCAUUUGUCAAUCAAUCAUUAAAAUAAUAACAGGCGUGCCUUGCGUAAUAGCGCAUAGCUCGGCAGAAAUUCUGUGCAUCGCGCGUGCAUCGAAAUUGCACUGUUAUCAUUUAAAUUUGAGUUCUUUCCGUGGCUCAUCGCACGUACACGAACAGGUUGCCGCAAUGAGUGACAAGAUCUGCCUCAACGGAAACGGAGUGAAUUCCAAUGGAACCGCUAUGACGAACGGAAUCAACGAGAAUGAGAAGAUUGCUGGCGUUUUCUACAGUGCCAAGGAGUCCUCGGGGUACACCUACGACAUGCUACAGGAAAUCGCAAACCAUCUGCUGCAGCGAACCGAACUGAGGCCCAAAAUCGGUAUCAUACUGGGCACCGGACUGGGUUCGUUGGCCAAUCAGCUAACGGAUGCAGACUACAUCGACUACCAGACAAUUCCACAUUUCCCCGUGUCGACGGUUGAAGGUCACGUGGGGCGGCUGAUCUUCGGUUAUCUGAAGGGCAUUCCGGUUAUGUGCAUGCAGGGGCGAUUUCACUACUAUGAAGGUUAUCCACUGGCAAAGUGUUCCAUGCCGAUUCGUGUGAUGAAACUGGUUGGGUGUAGUCAUCUUAUCGCCACCAAUGCCGCUGGUGGUCUUAAUCCAAAUUACAAAGUUGGUGAUAUCAUGCUAAUGAAGGACCACAUCAACAUAAUGGGCUUCGCUGGGAAUAAUCCUCUGCAGGGUCCUAACGACUCUCGUUUCGGUCCCCGUUUUCCAAAUAUGGUGAACGCGUAUGAUUAUAAACUACUGAAGAAGGCCAAAGAGAUUGGAAAGGAUAUGGGCAUCGAAAAUAACCUGCACGACGGAGUAUACAUCUGCCUGGGUGGACCGAACUUCGAAACGGUCGCCGAACUGAAAAUGCUGCGCGUUUGGGGUGUGGAUGCUGUGGGAAUGUCAACGGUGCACGAAAUCACGACCGCUCGACACUGCGGAAUGACUUGCUUUGCGUUCAGUCUCAUCACCAACCUCUGCGUACCGAGUUACGAGGACGAGGAAACUCCCUGUCAUGACGAUAUCGUCGGAAUCGGCAAAAGACUGGAAUCUACGCUGACUGAGCUGGUACAUCGAAUGGCCAAACACAUUCACGUGGAACUGAAGCAGUGAAAGGAUACCGCAAUACGGUAACGCUGCGGAGUAAAUUUUGAGAUUAGAGAAUUUAAUGUACUGUUAGAAAUUUAGAAAACCGACAGUUUUUUUUGACAGCUAUUCUUUAUAUUAAGUUUGAAUAGAUUUAGGAAAACAAAUUUUUAUUUUGAUAACACGAAUAAUAUAUAAAUUCUUAUAAGUCGAAAA